GAAGGGAGAAGGGCAGCCCACCAACUGCCAAUUUCCGACCAGAUUCCGGCAAUCCUAAUUUAGCUACACGCCUGCAUCAACACGCGCGUGUAUAAAGAAUCGUGAAGCAAAGCUUCAAAUUACCAAGAUGUCAAACUCGAACAUACUCGAUUUUGUUCCAUUGGAUUAUGCAGGCAAAAGAUACCUAACGUGGGCUCAGGAUGUUGAGCUCCACCUUAUUGCCCGUGACUUAUUGCAUACAAUCCAAGAGCUUUGUCCUAUAGAAACAGCUCCAGACCCUCAAACUGAGAAAGAUAUUUCCAGGGCACUUGCCUUCAUGAAACGUCACAUGGAUAGUGACCUCCAGUUUGAGUUCAUAAAUGAGGAUAGCGCUAUAAAGCUUUGGCAAGCGCUUCGCGAACGAUAUGGCAAUGUUCGUGACUCCAUCCUUCCGAAUACAGAAGCAGAAUGGAAAGAUCUUCGCUUCUCUGAAUUUGACACAGUCAUGCAAUUUUAUUCGGAAGCCCUCCGCAUCAGAGCAAUGAUGCACUUCUGUGGCAAGACGAUCACAGAAGAACAAUUGAUUGAGAAAACCCUCAAUACCUUCCCUGUCUAUGCUAUGAGAUCCUGUGAUUUAUUUCGGACUCAUAUAAAUGCAAGACGGAUCACAAGUUUUCAAUAGCUUAUUGAAGCUAUGAACAGAGAUAUUGAUAGGCCUCAAGAUGGCCAUCAAGAGCAUCGUCCCAUGGCUAGAGAAAGUCGCCAUCGACGUCAUGAUCCAUACGAUCAAAAUGCUCGAGAAGGUAAUCGCCCAAGGCGACAAUCACGCGACCGUAGGAGCCGUGAUUUUGAGGGAAGAAGGGUUGGAAACCAUCGAGCCAACGUUGGCCAUGGUCAUCACUUUCCAACGCCACUGGUCCUAGGAACCAUGCAAAUUGCGCCAAUGCGACUCAAUCAAGGGAGAAUCCUCUUUAUGGUGUCUAUUUCUGAUAUGGAACGUCUGAUCAAUGGACCCGAAUUUGCAAUGUACCUAAGAAGGUAGCCGCGUCAUGGUGAUCAAGACAUCGAGUUCAAAAAGACUUUAAAUCUGGCGAUGAAGACAAAAUGCCGCAGAUUUUUAUUUCGAA